GUCGGGCAGCCGGGGAAGUGGUCUGCGGAGCGGGGGGCGGGGAUGCCACGCCGCGCUCCUGUUUAAAGGCGGGGGUUCGCCGACCGAUGGAAGCCGCGCCACGGGGAUGGGAGAGGUCGCCGGCCGCUGGCUUGGGCUCCUGCUCUGCUCUGCUCUGCUCCGGACCACAUGUGCUAGGGUGGAUGCUGACGAUGUCAUCACUAAGGAUGAGCAGAUCUACCUGCUGUUUGAGGCAAAGGAAGAAUGUGAAAAAAAUCUGAGAACCAAACCAGCACAGAAAGCAGGGGCAGCCUGCCAGGCGGAGUGGGAUGGCGUUGUGUGUUGGCCCCCAGCCCAAGCCAACCACAGCAUCGCCAUCUCCUGCCCUCAAUACAUCCACGACUUCAAUCACAAAGGGCAAGCGUAUCGCAGGUGCAGUGUUCAUGGUGAUUGGGAGCUGGUGUCCAAUAGGAACAGAACCUGGGCAAACUACACCGAGUGCACCCAGUUCAAGUGGGCAGAAGUUUGGCACCGAAAGGUUGUGUUUGACCGUCUGUACCUGAUGUACACGGUGGGCUACUCUAUCUCCCUGGCCUCCCUGCUGGGCGCCGUUGCCAUUCUCAGUUAUUUCAGGCGGCUACAUUGUACCAGGAACUACAUCCACAUGCACCUCUUCAUUUCCUUCAUGUGCCGGGCAAUCAGCAUCUUCGUCAAGGACGUCAUGGUCUAUUCAAACUCGACGAUGAAUGGGUUGGAGUUCCGUGUUGAAGAUCUAGUGGGCGACGCGAUGCCUCUCCCCAGUGAGGGGCAGUUCACGGGCUGCAAGGUGGCGGUGAUCCUAUUCCUCUACUUCCUCGCCACCAAUCACUACUGGAUUCUGGUCGAGGGCCUUUACCUGCACAGUCUGAUCUUCAUGGCUUUCUUAUCAGACAAGAAGUAUCUCUGGGCGCUGACACUGAUUGGCUGGGGGAUCCCAGCGGUGGUGGUGGCGGCAUGGGGAAUCACAAGAGCAUCACUGGCAGAUACGCUAUGCUGGGACCUCAGUGCUGGAAAUGUGAAGUGGAUUUACCAGGUUCCUAUUCUUGCUGCCGUUGUGGUGAAUUUCUUCCUCUUUAUGAAUAUUGUCCGUGUUUUGGCAUCAAAACUGUGGGAGAAAAAUGCAGGAAAACUGGGUCCUCGGCAGCAGUACAGAAAGCUGUUGAAGUCUACACUUGUCCUCAUUCCUCUUUUUGGAGUUCAUUAUGUAGUUUUCAUGGCCAUGCCGUACACCGAUGUAUCCACGAUCCUUUGGCAGAUCCAGAUGCAUUAUGAGAUGCUCGUCAACUCCUCUCAGGGCUUUUUUGUUGCCUUUAUCUACUGCUUCUGUAAUGGCGAGGUUCAGGCAGAAAUAAAGAAGUCCUGGUUGAGGCGGAACCUGAGUCUGAAUUUGAAGCAGCAGGCGCGAGCAGGCAGUAGCUGCCCUUACGGAGCUGUGACCUCUCUUGCUACCAACAGCAUCAGCAGCAGCAUCGCCACGCGAGGCCAGUCCACAGGGCACAGCAAUGCCAGGCAUUGUGCUCUGCCACUGCACUCCUUCAUCAAGCUGCCCGGCUACACUGCAAGCACAUCCCGCUCGGACAACUGCCUGCACUCCCCCAGCCUGGCCAGCAGGGACUGGAGAGGAGAGGACAAGGAGCAGGAGUAAUAGUUCCAGCCCACUCUCUAACAUCAAUGGGAAACGGUCCCGUGAAGAAAAUGAAGUGCUUUAUCCAUGCAACCUUCCCUCAGCUGAAUAAAAAGAACAUUGUAUGACC